AUGCGCUUUUCAACCAGGAUCUUUUUCAGCCUCACGGUUGUGCUCGGGUGGGCCUGGGUCGCCCAUGGGGUGGCCAUCUCGAAGCUGGAGGGAGGGGAUGAGGUGCAGGGCGCCCCUGCAGCGUCAGGCUAUCGGUCUGUUGCUUACUUUGUCAACUGGGCUAUCUACGGCCGCAAUCAUCAACCCCAGGAUAUCGUGAUCGACCAGCUCACCCAUAUCAAUUAUGCCUUCGCCAACGUGCGCCCUGAGACCGGGGAAGUCUACAUGACCGAUGGCUACGCUGAUACCGAGAAACACUAUCCUGGUGACUCCUGGUCUGACCCCGGCAAGAAUGUCUAUGGUUGCAUCAAACAGAUGUAUCUCUUGAAGAAGAAAAACCGCAACCUGAAGGUCAUGCUCUCCAUCGGCGGGUGGACCUACUCCCCGAACUUUGCGAAAGCUGCGAGCACCGACGCUGGACGGAAGAUGUUUGCCGACUCGUCAGUCAAGUUGCUGUCUGACUUGGGCUUCGACGGGAUUGAUGUUGAUUGGGAGUAUCCGGAAAAUGAUCAAGAAGCCAAUGACUAUGUUCUCCUUUUGAAGCAGAUCAGAACUGCACUGGACGACUACAGCCGAAAGAAUGCAAAUGGCAAGCAUUUCCUUCUCACCAUCGCAACAUCGGCAGGCCCGGACAAGAUCAACAAACUGCACAUUAAGGACAUGGAUGCCCAGCUGGAUUUCUGGAACCUCAUGGCUUACGACUACGCCGGAAGCUUUGCCAAAUUCACUGGGCACCAAGCCAACGCAUACCCUGAUGAUUCAAAUCCAAACAGCACUCCGUUCAGCACUCAAGGGGCAAUUGAUCUGUAUCUUCAAGGAGGGGUAGCGGCGAACAAGAUUGUCCUCGGCAUGCCUCUGUACGGUCGGUCGUUCGCUAGUACAGACGGUCUGGGUAAGCCAUUCACGGCAGAUGGCGAGGGUACCUGGGAGAAAGGGGUGUGGGACUACAAAGCCUUACCAAAGCCGGGAGCCGAGGUGCAUGAGAUGGAGAACAUCCUUGCCAGUUACAGCUACGAUAGCCAGCAGAAACGGUUGAUCAGUUAUGACACCCCCAAGAUCAUUCAGUUGAAGGCUGGAUACAUCAAGAAACUGGGUCUGGGCGGCUCUAUGUGGUGGGAAACCAGCUCUGACAAAGGAGGCAGUGACAGCCUGAUCAGUACGGCAGUAAAUGCACUCGGAGGCACAGGGGCCUUUGAGAAGUCGGAGAAUCAAUUGGAUUACCCAGCCUCGCAGUAUGACAACUUGAAGAACGGAAUGAAAUAA